GCCCAGUGAACUACCAGCUGCCUCAAGUCAAUAAACGAAACUGAACUUUCCUAACCGACCGUCUUCCUGCUUUCAGAACCGGCCGUGCGGUACCAAACGGGACACGACCUAAAGUGUUGAUACUAAUUAAGUCAACUGUAGUCUCAGUUUCACCAUGUCUCAUCACAGAGUGAGUGUGUUUGCUGUCGCUUUGUCUUUCACUUACUUCUGUGAAAACUGGUGCUUGUUUAGGAGUAGAGCUAGCUAAGCUAACUGAGAGGCUGAGAGUUUCAUUAGUGGGUAAACGGACCACCUGUGAUGGGAGCUGGGUUAAUGGAUAAACUUUUAAUCUUAAUCAGCGUCAAACUACUUCUUUAUGCAUAUUGUCUAUAUAAGAUGAAUAUACAUAAUUUUUAACACUUUCUUUGUGACAAACUUUGAAAAUAGUUGUCGACUAUGGUUAUCAGUUAAAUUAUGUAGGGGAGAGUGGGUUAAGUUGAGCCAAAUGGUAAGUAGAGCCACACCCUGUUGCUUGGAAAUGGUCAAAGAAAUUGAUCAUGUGACCAAAUAUUUAGGAGAUGGGCAUCAAUUCAUGGAGUCUUUGAAGGUUAGAAGAACAUGGGUGAAGGGGUUAGACAUUUAUUUACAAAAACAUUUUUCCCGCUUGAAAGUGAAUUUAGUCUGUCAUAAGUUUUAUUAGAAUUGUGUUCAGACCAAAAAUUAUCAAUUUAAAUUUGUUUUAUACAUCAAUUGUUGUAUCUAUGAGCUACAACGUAAAGGUCAAAAACGUACCAUAAAAGUCCACCAUUUUAGAUUAGAGGACUAAUAAAGUCAUAAUAGUAGUUCUGGGGUAAGUUGAGCCAGUAGCCCAAACUUAGAAAGUAAAUUUGUCUGAUGACAAAAUCAGAGUUUUAGUUCAGAUUGUUGAAAUGUUUGACUUUUUCUUUACAAAAAUACAGCUGUGAAUGUUCUGAUCACUUAAAGGAAUUCUCAUGUUAAAAUGGCUUUUUACAAAACGGCUUUUUAGAAGUUAUAUGCAAUAAUAAUAAUAAUAAUAAAAAGAAUUUGUGUACCUGUUGAAUAGCUUAUAAUAGAUAAAAAUACACAUGAAUGUGAAGAAGUGACUGUUAUUUAGGGGGAGAGAUGGUGACUUACCCCAUACACGGGGUAAGUUGACCAUAGGAGACCACUUUUUUUGGCAUGCUAUAUUAUCAAGACAGUUAUGUUUACACUCAUUCUGUCGGUUUGCAGGGAUGCACAAUAUCUUGGAAUAUAUUAAGAUACACUAGUUAGAGACAAAACUAUGAUUGCUUUGAUGUAGUGAUCCGAAAUAUGAAAAAUGGUUAAUCUGACCCCACUCCCCCUACAGUGAAAUUUUGAGCAUUUAUUUUAACAUCUUAAUUCAUACAUACAAGUUACUGAAUUUGUGAAAGAUUCAUUUUCAAUGUCCAUGUAGAUUCUCAUUCAUCCAGGUCAUGGUUAUCUUGAAGACUUAAAACGGGCAACUGGACUGUGUAGGAACAGUCUACACAGUCCAGUUGCCCGUUUUAAGUCUUCAAGAUUCAUUUUAAAUUCAUGCUUAAAUUGUCUUUUUUUCCCUACAGACUCCAGACCCCAGAAGGGAACAGUUUAGGAGGUAUUUGGAGAAAACUGGAGUCGUUGACAGUCUUACUUGUGGUAAGAUAUUUUUUAGGGGACUGUUUUUUCCCCCCUCUUGACUUUGUCCUUAUUUACAACAUUUUAUGGAAUACUGUCUGCAUAAAAGUGAUAUUUUAGUACUGAGAAACACACUUUUUUUAUGUGCAGCAUGAUGAAACAACACAUAAAAUGUGCAAUAAAACCUUAAAUCAAACAAAACAAUGAGUUUAUGUCUAUGCUAUAUUUGUUCAUUUUUGAUAAGAUGCAUUUUUGUGUUUGCACAGUCUAACUCUGAUGAAAACUACUGAAAAUGUUGCCCUCAUUCAGUUUUGUUAUCAUAUUAAAUACCCACCCCUGUCAGUGAUUCCUUCAUUUAUGUGCAGUAAACUAAAGCUUCUUUUUCUUUCUUGGAUUUCAGUUUUAGUGGCGUUGUUCGAAACUCAAGACAAACCGAGCAAUGCCCUGGAGUAUCCUUGAAUGUGCGUACAACCAGACCAGGAUGUGGUUGCAGGAAGUCUCUUGGUCAUCUCAGAGAGAGUUAGGCUUAAUGUUUAACACUCAAGUCUAUACUUUUAUUGAGGGGUUGUCCCAAUCAUGAUCUGAACUAUUGAGAUUGGGAAUUUGAGUCUAUUAUCGUACACUGAUCAUUAAUGUCAGCUGAUGUAGAAAGAGCGCAUUUGGCAGCAGAACAUGAAGACACAAGUAGGGAGCAAGGAGCUAGCAUUAGAGCUGCAUUCAAUGGUACCAAUUCAAACUAGCUUUGCAGACACUAAGAGAAGGCAAUAGAGGAUUUAUAUGUCUUUGGAGAGAUGAAGGGAGUUGGACUUAUGUGACCUGUACCCCAAGAGCCCUGAAAUGCAUUCUUUCUCAAGAGCAGAGCACUGACUAGGGAAUCAAACGAUGAAAAAUACUCUACUACAGACUGUAGAAAGCCUGGUUAAGACUGACACACUGUUCUCAAGUGAGGCUUCUGUGGAUCCUGGCAUAUAAAGAUAAGAGAGUCUUGUUAAUAAUGUGAUUUUGAAAUUAUGUUAUGCAAGUAUCAGAUCAGGAUUAGGUAUCGGCUGCUAAAGUGUUUAAAAUUUUCAAGGAGGCAAAGGUUUGUUGUGGAUCCUUUAACCAGCCCCCCUUUCAGAUUUGUAAAGCAACAUCUGGGUGCUGCUGAUGCAGCAAGUUUAGAAGACACAGAAGCUCUGCAGCAGGAGGUGCGUGACCUGAGGCAGAGGUGUACACGUCUGGAAGAGGAAAACAAAGAUCUCAAGACAAGGGUAAGCUUUGUCUAGCUUUCAUAUUCACAGCAUACCAAUCAGUUAUUGUUGUUUUUUAUCCAUGAUGUAUUUGUGGGAAAAGAAAAAGAAAAUUGGUGAAAGUUUGAAUAUAUCCUAUAAGACUGCAUAGCCCAUUUCAUUGGAGAUCCCUCAUUCAGAUUUGUCUAGUUCUUGCUUUUCUGUCCAUGAUUUUUGGACAUUAUAAUAAAUUAAAUUAAUGUAGAUAUUGUCUGUUUUUCCAUCUCUCCAGCUUCAGCGUUACGAGUCUGCACCAGAAGAUGGAGCCACGGCUGACUAGACCUGAGUCGAGCUCGAGGUCGCUUCAUAUAUUCUUUAGUUUAUUUAUACUCCUGUCACUUUAAAUCUGAAGAGAAGAUACUGUCAAUUGAAACCUAACAGUUUCAUGUCGCUGUGCUGUUUUGUAUUGUAAAUUAUAGUGUCUUUUUUGUUCCUCAGAAGUUGAAUUAUCCUCUAUGUUUACAUGAAUAUGUUUUUCAUGUUUGUUUAGUUAUUAGAGUAUAUUUAUGAUCCAAAGUGCCUCCCACAUGAUUGCAUAAUGGGUUCUUACUAAAGAGGAAGUAUGGAGUACACUGAAAAAUAGCUUAUGAAUGAUUAUAAUUUUAUUUUUCUGUUAUAAAAGCACUUAGCCAAGAUCUGUGUUGUAACAUGUGACAAAUACACAUGCUCUUUUUUUUAAAGGUAUGCUGAAGGUGGAAAGUACUCUUAAAUAAAGCACAGCAUUGUUCUAAGUUAC